UAAUCGAAAAUCUGCUCAUCCAUUUCUUCUCCCUCGGACUCGAUUCGCCUGUGCACGCAGUCUCAAAUCCCGUGUUUUCAAAUUUCCAUUAUUCAAAUGGCAGCAAUAUCAGGGAAGGUUGCCCAAAAUGUUUUUCUGGCACAAUGUUGCCAAAGGAAUAGGCAGUUGGACUCCCAAUAUCGCAGGGACUGUUUCACCCCAAAAAAGUAUUAUUCACCUUGCUUUCAAGGAGGGAAAUUGGCAUGGGCUGGCAUGUUGCCCAUGCAGUUGCACUCCUUGGCAAAAUACCAGAAUGGUCCUGAGAACCGAAGAAGUGUCUAUUGCAACGCUGUUUCAUCUACCAGCACAAUACCGUCAUUUGAAAAGGUUGAUUUCCGAAAACUUCAGAAUGGAAGCGAUAUUCGAGGUGUUGCUGUUGCUGGUGUUGAAGGAGAACCUGUUAACGUCACCGAGGCAGUUACAGAAGCAAUAGCUGCUGCCUUUUCUGCGUGGUUAUUAGACAAAAAGAGAGCAGAUGCAUCUAGGCGUUUGAAAGUCUCAAUUGGCCAUGAUUCACGGAUUUCUGCACAAAAACUACAGGAUGCAGUUUCUCGAGGAAUUACUCGUGCUGGCCUGGAUGCUAUUCAGUAUGGGUUAGCAUCUACACCUGCAAUGUUUAACAGCACAAUUACGGAAAAUGAUGACUUUUUAUGUCCGGUUGAUGGAUCCAUAAUGAUAACAGCUAGUCAUCUUCCAUACAACAGAAAUGGGUUUAAGUUUUUCACAAACUCUGGAGGACUGGGGAAAGGUGACAUUACUGAUAUCUUGGAGCGUGCUGCAAGUAUAUAUGAUAAAUUUUCAGCUGAAGGUUUGAGAGCCUCUGAACAGUCAGCUUCUGCAUCCAUAAAAAGGGUGGACUACAUGUCUGUUUACACUUCUGACCUUGUAAAGGCAGUUCGCAAAGCUGCAGGGAAUAUCGAUAAGCCAUUGGAGGGUUUUCAUAUAGUUGUUGAUGCGGGGAAUGGAGCAGGAGGUUUUUUUGCUGGAAAGGUUCUUGAACCUCUAGGAGCUAUUACUACUGGUAGUCAGUUUCUAGAGCCAGAUGGUUUAUUUCCAAAUCACAUUCCUAACCCAGAGGAUAAAGCAGCAAUGAGAGCCAUAACCCAAGCAGUUCUUAAUAACAAGGCUGAUUUGGGCAUCAUUUUUGAUACAGAUGUCGACAGAUCUGCUGCUGUGGAUUCUUCAGGCUGUGAAUUCAACCGCAACCGCCUAAUUGCUUUGAUAUCUGCCAUUGUUCUUGAGGAACAUCCGGGAACAACUAUUGUCACAGACAGCGUGACGUCAGAUGGGUUAACUACAUUUAUUGAAAAGAAACUUGGAGGAAAACACCACCGGUUCAAAAGAGGAUACAAAAAUGUCAUCGAUGAAGGAAUUCGCUUGAACUCUCUUGGUGAGGAAUCACAUCUGGCUAUUGAAACCAGUGGCCAUGGGGCCCUCAAGGAGAACUUUUGGCUUGAUGACGGUGCAUACCUUAUGGUCAAACUCCUAAAUAAACUUGCUUCAGCCAGAGUUUCUGGAACAGGUAAUGGCAGCAAAGUUCUUACUGAUCUAGUAGAGGGUUUGGAGGAAGCAGCUUUUGCAGAUGAAAUUCGACUAAAGAUAGAUCAGAACCAUUCAGAUCUCAAAGGACGAUCUUUCCGGGAAUAUGGAGAAACGGUUCUGAAACACUUGGAGAACACAACCUGUUCAAAUCCAAAGCUUCUUAAGGCACCUGUUAAUUAUGAGGGAGUUCGGGUCUCUGGCUACGGCGGGUGGUUCCUUCUUAGACUCUCUCUUCAUGACCCUGUUUUGCCACUCAACAUCGAGGCUCCAAGCAAAGAGGAUGCUAUGAAGCUUGGACUUGCUGUGCUUGCUGCUGUAAAAGAGUUCUCAGCUUUGGACACAUCUGCCCUGGAUAAGUUUGUCCAAGUUUAAAUCCAAGAGCUUUAAAUAGUGUAGUUGCCUGUCAGCUCCCUACUGUGUUCCCAUGCUUCCCCUGGGAUGUUUCCUUUGGACAAGUAUUGGUGAUGUUGAAGUGCUUCAGAGAUUCCAGUUAGUUUUUGAUACUCUUGCUUAUGAGAUCACAUCAAAGUAGCCUUCACUUUGAGCUAGUCUGUCUUAGAGUUCAAGAGACAACUAGAAAAUAACAAAUUCCCUAUACUUUCAGCAGAAGAUUCACAAGAUAUUGCAACUUUUCUUUGUUGUGCUAUUUUACCUUCCUAUUUUACUCGAACUUUCAUUGUCCACACUC